CGCGAAUCCAUUAAGUCUCCCCCUCUCAUGAAGCCUUGACUGUUCAACUUCCACCUCCUCUCCAUGAACCCAGCCGCGUGGCCUGUGAUAUCUCCCCCGUAUUGUUCAUCAUGGCCACUGCACGGCUUCCACAGAAACGGAUCCUCGGGGAAUCGACAAACACCCGCCGCAACAUCCCCUCUAGUCCCGCAUCCGCCAAAAAACGCAAGCUCGAACCCUUGACUUCGUCCCAAGCGCCCAGAUUCAAGAGCUCUCAGAAUGGACCAGACGGAAGGCUGGUACCGAGUCAGCCCAGUCACUUCGAAUCAGAGGUGCUGGAGAAGAUGACCCAAGAUAUGGAGGGUUUGAAGGAGAAUAAUUCGGAGAAGGACCAGCAGUGGGCACGGCCGAGCUUGGGAGACUUUAAUCCUGAGACAGAUGGCCUUGUAUUUCAACAGAUUGAAGCCGAAGAGGGCACUCUCAAUGGAAAAGCUACAGUGAAGCUUUUUGGUGUCACGGAGACCGGGCACUCUGUGAUGCUUCAUGUCACUGAUUUUCUCCAUUAUUUAUAUGUUGCUGCGCCUGUUUCGUUCACCCCCCACGAUUGUGAGGGGUUCAAGACCUACCUCGAAGCCCAAUUAGGACAAUACCAACCGACAAUACAUAUGGUACAGAUGGUCAUGCGGGAGAACUUAUAUGGCUUUCAAGGCAAUCAGCAGAACCCAUAUCUAAAGAUCACAGUGACCGACCCCAAAUACAUCAGUAAGGUCCGCUCAAAGAUCGAAAAUGGUGAGGCCAACUGGAAGGGGAUGUGGAAAGGGGCCGAUGGGAUCUUGACAUUUGACUCGAUCCAAUACGUCUUGAGAUUUAUGGUGGAUUGCAAGGUCUUCGGCAUGUCUUGGGUGGAAGUACCAGCAAAAUCAUACAAACUCAUCGCGGGACACAUGCGACACUCAAACUGCCAGAUAGAAGCGGAAGUCACAUAUCGAGAUCUGAUAGCACACGAACCAAAGGGAGAAUGGGCAAAGAUGGCGCCUCUACGGAUUCUCUCCUUCGAUAUUGAGUGCGCCGGCCGCAAGGGCGUCUUCCCAGAAGCAAAUCAAGAUCCCGUGAUUCAGAUCGCAAAUAUCGUUACUCGUUAUGGGGAGAAGAAACCAUUUGUGCGGAAUGUAUUCUGUCUUGAUAAGACGAGUACGAUUGUCAAUACUCAAAUAUUCGAAUUCGAACGUGAAGAGCAGAUGUUAAGCAAGUGGCGCGAUUUCCUCGAAGAAGUGGAUCCUGAUCUCAUCAUCGGCUACAAUAUUUGCAAUUUCGAUUUCCCGUAUCUUCUCGACCGAGCGAAGCAUCUGAAGGUCGCAGAUUUCGAUCACUGGACUCGAUUGAAGAGUGUGAGGUCUGUGGCAAAGGAGACGAAUUUCUCCAGCAAGCAGAUGGGCAACCGUGAUACCAAAGCCACCAAUACGAAUGGCCGACUGCAACUGGACCUCUUACAGCUGGUCCAACGAGAUCAUCAACUGCGAAGUUACACCCUCAAUUCUGUCUGCGCGCAUUUUCUUGGUGAACAAAAGGAAGAUGUGCACCACACCAUGAUCACCGAGUUGUUCAACGGAACACCAGAAUCACGCCGAAGGCUGGCGGUUUACUGUCUCAAAGAUGCCUAUUUACCUCAACGCUUGAUGGACAAGCUUUCGUGCCUGGAGAACUACACGGAAAUGGCUAGGGUCACGGGUGUACCCUUCAACUUCCUCCUGGCCCGGGGUCAACAGGUCAAAUUCGUCAGUCAGCUGUUCAGAAAAGCGUUGGAACAAAAGUUGGUCAUACCUAAUCUGAGGUCAGAAGGAAACUCAGAUGAACAGUAUGAAGGCGCCACAGUUAUUGAGCCAACCAGAGGUUAUUAUGACGUCCCGAUCGCGACUCUUGAUUUUGCCUCUCUAUACCCUAGUAUUAUUCAGGCCCACAAUCUCUGCUACACAACCCUGGUGAAAAAGGCAGCUAUUGAGAAGCUGGGCUUAAAGAAAGACGAAGAUUAUAUCGUAACCCCAAAUGGUGAUACGUUCGUCACGACAAAACGCCGGAAGGGUCUCCUUACUCAAAUUCUCGAGGAAUUGUUAACUGCCAGGAAACAAGCGAAACGAGAACUUGCAAUUGAGACCGACCCUUUCAAGAAAGCAGUGCUGAACGGUCGACAGCUGGCUUUGAAGGUCAGCGCCAACAGUGUUUACGGUCUCACGGGUGCAACCGUUGGCAAACUGCCAUGUCUUGAAAUCGCAAGUAGUACUACUAGUUACGGACGUCAGAUGAUCGAGAAGACAAAGGCAGAAGUGGAAGCGAAGUACACAAUUGCCAAUGGCUACUCCCACGAUGCUCAAGUCAUCUAUGGUGAUACCGAUUCAGUCAUGGUUAAGUUUGGUGUGACAGAGUUAGCGGAUGCAAUGAAGCUGGGCGAGGAAGCAGCACAAUAUGUGUCUUCUAAAUUUCUCAAACCCAUUAAGCUGGAGUUCGAAAAGGUUUAUUUCCCCUAUCUGCUGAUCAACAAAAAGCGAUAUGCUGGGCUCUACUGGACCAACCCGGACAAGUAUGACAAGAUGGAUACCAAAGGUAUUGAAACCGUCCGGAGAGAUAACUGUCGGUUGGUUCAGACUGUCAUCGAGACGGUGCUAAGGAUGAUCUUGAUUGACCGAGACGUACAAGGCGCCCAAGACUACGUCAAGGAUACCAUCUCAGAUCUCCUUCAAAAUAAGAUCGAUAUGUCGAAGCUCGUUAUCACAAAGGCUCUGGCGAAGGAGGAAUACACCGCGACGCAAGCUCACGUGGAACUCGCCAAGCGCAUGAAGAAAAGAGACGCAGGCUCUGCCCCAACACUCGGAGAUCGUGUCGCCUAUGUCAUCAUUAAGGGCGCAGCAGGGUCGAGGAACUUUGAGCGAUCUGAAGAUCCCAUCUUCGUGCUCGAAAACAACAUCCCCAUUGACACCAAAUACUACCUAGACAACCAGCUUGCCAAACCCCUCAGUAGAAUCUUCGAGCCUAUCCUUGGCGAAACCAAGGCUAACUCGCUGCUCUCGGGUGAUCAUACACGCACUGUAUCCGUCGCUGCCCCGUCCAUUGGAGGGCUGAUGAAAUUCGCCAAGAAGACAUAUACGUGUAUGGGGUGCAAGAAACCUCUUGUAGGCAAGGAGGAGAGUGGUGGGGCUGUAUGCUCAAACUGCGCACCGCGAAUUGGCGAGCUCUACCAGAAAACGCUCAACAAAGUCAGCGAGUUGGAAGUCAGGUUCGGUAGACUGUGGACACAGUGCCAAAGGUGUCAGGGCAGUAUGCAUUGCGAGGUUAUCUGCAGCAGCAAGGACUGCCCCAUCUUCUACAUGCGCAUGAAGGCGAAGAAGGAUGUGGAAGAUGCCGGGAAGGAGCUGGUGAGGUUUGAUAGGGAUGCGGCUGCGUGGUGAUCUUGCGAUCUGUAAUGUAUGCAUGGAGAGGUGGACUGCUCUCUUGGCGUUUUGGGCGUAAGGAAGAGAUGGGUUUGGGUUGUGGGAACACUCAUAUGAUACGAUAUGCGAGAGUCCCGUCAUAAUCGGCAUUGCUUGGUUUGAUCUCUACCCACGACAGACUCGAGGGAUGGAACGAAACACCAACGUGUGUGUUACGAAGGAGGCUUCAGUCUUGGAAUUAUCCCUAGGUUACUCUCGUGCGAAUCUUGAAUGGAGACUUGGCACGGUGUAUGAUUACGGUGUAUAAUGAGUUGGAAUAUUAUGAAAGGAAGAAGAGAUGCGUCGGUA